GUUUCUACGCGUUUUACUACGAAGUGACACUUCCGUACACUUCCGGGUCGGAGGUCAUGAUACACAUGUGAGAUCUGAAGAAAAGUGGCUCUGAUUGGUACCAGACUACAACAGCUUUAACUUCAGUGGACAGGAUGGACGGGAAAGUGAAGGAACAGAAGCGACAUCAGCAGAAGCACAGUGGACCCAAGGCGGAGAGGAAGAAGCUCAAGAAGCAGGGAGGCACCACAGAUGAGGAUGAGCGGAAACGCAAUCCCAAAGCAUUUGCGGUUCAGUCCGCUGUACGCAUGGCCAAGACCUUCCACAGAGCCCAGGACAUAAAGACCAAAAAACAUCACAUCCCCCUUGUAGACCGGACUCCCUUGGAACCCCCUCCAGUUGUGAUUGUUGUCGUCGGGCCCCCCAAAGUGGGAAAAACUACCCUGAUCCGCUGCCUGAUCAAAAACUUCACCCGACAGAAGCUGGGAGACAUAUGUGGACCUGUAACCAUCGUCUCUGGCAAGAAGCGCCGCCUCACUUUCAUGGAGUGUAACAAUGACAUUAAUACAAUGAUCGACCUUGCAAAAGUAGCUGACCUGGUGAGUUUUUUUCAAUUCAUGGCAAACAAGUACAUUGUAAUGUAUAAAGGAAUUGAUAUCAAAAAGAUGUGA